AUGUCUUAUACGCCCAGCAAUACGACCCCUCAGCGCGCUGCUAUUCAAAAGUAUCGUGCCGUACGACUGCCUCCGUCCAAAGUCCAAUGCUCGGGCGUGACGCAUCGCGACGUCCGUUGCAGCCGCCUCGUCCCGACUUCAACGGUGACUCCCUACCCUAACGCCGCCGAUCUCCCAUUCUACUGUGAAGACCACCUCCAGCAGGGUUUGGCCGGAACGCACUUCAAGUGUUUGCGAUUCCCCGGAGAAGUGCGUCCCUUCAAUGCGUACAUUCCGCCGUACGUGGAAGAUAUCACCGAAGUCUACCUUCGGGAAACACUUCGGAAGCCCCCAUCUCAGUCCGACACAUGGGGAUACCUGUACGCUCUUCUGAUACUCGAUGCCUCUGUUGGCCGAACGAAUCAGCUCAACAGGCGGUAUAGCGAACACCUUCGGAACUGCCCCUCUCUCCAUCCCGUUCUCCUCGGCUACUACCCUCCCAACCCUGACGAGAGCCCCGAGGAUCUGGCUGCCGGCCGUAUCAAGCCCGGCCGAAUGGUCCCAUACGUGCAACGUCUCGAACGGCUUGUCCACCUCGAGCUCGCGGACGUGGCGGUAAACGCCCCCUACCUUUCGCCCACACUCCCCCACCAGACUCCCAAGGGCUCACGCAUGGGUAUCGUCCCUGAGCGCGUUCCCUGCAAGAGCUGCCAUCAUGUACAUGAAGAGAUAUUCUCCCUCAGACGCUACCCCGGCUCUGCGCGAGGGAGGGAGUGGGAAUACGUCGUGUAUCCUAUAAUCAUGAGAUACGCCUGGCACGUCGAGAGAUUCUGUCCUGAGCGAUUGAUCCACGACUAUCUCCUUACGAUGACUCAAGACUCGAUCAAUUCCAGAUUCUUACUGACUAAGACUACGGCAGAUUACGUGUUCUUAUUCUUGUAG